AUGCAGAUAAAUAUAGUUCAAAGGGUUGGGAUGAUAUCGGCUGGGUUGUUUGGUUGGGCUAUGGGAACACUAGCUGAUUAUUCAAAACAUCUGGCAUUAGAUGAUAGAAUUGAGGAUAGAUCGGUGGGACCAGUAAACUAUAACUUUAUGCAACGUUAUAUUGGCGCUGUUGACUUCGAUGAUAUCUCUACGCGAAAGAGUAUUAGAAGACUGAUUCAGAGUUUAUUACUUCGGUGUCCCACCAGUCAGAAAGAGAAGAGUAAAAAGGAGGCUUAUAUAGCAAGUCAUUGUAUAACCAGAAACAUUGUUGAUCCCACAAUGUACGAUGUUGACAUCCAGACAUACAUAGUACUGUUCAAUUGGAAUGCUUGCACUGAGAGGAACCUUACUGAAAAGACCCUGCUACUAACCCAAGUAGUAUCAUCAAUUGUAGUGCCUACUUUUCAGGUCUAUGAGAUCGCGCUUAAUCGAGGAACCAAAGAUUAUAGCUUGCUUCUCGCUUGUCUACGAGUAAUUAAGGCCGAUAGUAUUGUUCUCAACGAUGAUACUCCCAAGCUCGGGUGGUUAGCCAAUAUGGCAGUUGAUUGUUGCUUGAUUAACUUUCACCUGGCUCUUACCUCAAUUAAACCACCACGUAUACCUAGUGUUGGGCUCACCAUAACACUUUAUUUUCGGACCUUUCUAGCUAUUGAAAUAGCUCAUUUGAUAUGCACGUUCAAAGGGGCAUUUUCUAUCACACUAAACCUGGUUUAUUUCUACAACGACGCAAUAGAGCAUAAACUAAGGCCAAAAGUUGUCCAAACCACUCUUUUUGACUCAACCCCUGUGGAAAGUAAGCUAACCGUACUGGGAAUUUUAUGGGAUGGAGGUCCGCAAGCCGAUCUGUUUCUUGCCUAUCUAAUGAGCCGCAUUAACGGUCUCAUCUGUUUGUGUGUGGAUGCUAGGAGUUUCACCCAAUUGAGCAAAAUUGACGAGCCGGCAUCUUCUAGUCAGCCAGACCUGUGCAGUCCAUUAGAACAGAACGAACAAGUCCCCCAUUCUACUAAGCUAUCCGCCUCAGAGUCAAUCAAACAGGACAUAAAUACAUUGCUGGAGAACAUCACAUACUUCCAAGUUACUAUUGGGGCCACUCCCUCCCGCUCUGUGUAUAUGACUUACAGUACCCUCCAUCUAUCCAUCCAAUGCUUCAAUUUAAUCUAUGCCAAGUCCCCAACGACCCUUCUGAUUUUGGAUGGACUUACGUCUGUAGAAGGUUCGCCGAGAAAGAUUAGCGCGUUGUUACAGAUGAACAGGUGUGACUUUACAUGUAUAUAUCUUUUCCGAACCACCGACCAGUUUAUAGAUUCAUUCAUCAAGUCCAUCUCUAUAGCAACAACGCUCAGAAUCUGCAUCGGCGAUCCCACUAUUAACAGCGAUCCCUACAGCAUUCUUACCACUUUAAAAUACAACAACAACCCCAAUAUCACUAUUGUUUCUUCUAUUAUACGACAUUUAUUACAACUACCCCGCCCAACCAUCAACUCAAUGAUUGCCCUGCUCUGUGAUUUUCAUGAGCAUUCCAUCCCUAGUACCAUAUACCCGCCCUACACAAUUACCUACAACUUAUUAGAAUUCGCCAACCUCUCCAUUUGGGCCAAUAGGAACUUCCCCGCCCCACAGCUCAUUAAUACAUUCCUACCUCUAGCACCUCCUCUCUCCCACAUCCAUCUCAACUCCCUGUUCUGCUUCAAAGAAAUUAGCCACUACACGGCCGGCGCACCAAAUAAUACAGCGGCCUAUCUGAAUCACAUGCUUGACUACAUCCUAUCCAUUACACCCACCAACCUACCCAUUGCAAAUUACCACGGUCUCACUAGCAUCAAAAUAUCUCUUUACUAUCUUUUCCCCGAGACACUACCCACUCUAGUCCUAUCUAUCGUUCGCUUCAUCACCAUCAUCUACCCAAGCAUUAUCAAAAUUGUUAUCGACCGAAUAGUUGUAAACAGCACAACCGUCCGCACUCUCAUUGAAGGCUUAGACCAAUACCUAGACGAGAUGAAAGCCCGCUUCAUCACCAUCCCAGAAAUCACACUCAUCCUCCACAACCUAAGUGGCAGCCAAAAGCUCUGCUACCAAACUAUAUCUGGACCUAGGCCACCCAGCUACCCCGCAACCAAUUUUAUAUUGAUUGCCAACUAA